AUGGAUAACCAACAACAUGUUUAUCAUGUUUGCGAUUCUGAGAGUGAAGGAAGAAUUGUUGCAAGAUGGGAUGACACUAAAACUGAACCAUUUCUAAAAAUUUGCAUUGAAGAAAUAGAGGCUGGUAAUAGGCCAGACACCCACUUCAGUAAAGAAGGGUGGAAGAAUAUUACUGAGAAGUUUCAAAAGAGAACUAAUUAUGGUUAUGACCGCACCCAACUGAAAAAUAGAUGGGAUGCGUUGAAAAGAGAGUUUUCAUCAUUUGCAAAAUUAGUGAAAAAUCAUAUUGGAGUAGGAUGGGAUCAUGAUAAGCAAACUGUUCAAGCUGACGAUGAAUGCUGGAUGGCUAAAAGUAAGGAUGAUCCAGAGAUUAUGAAAUGGAAGAAUAGAGGACCUAAAAUCAUUGAUUUGCUUGAGAAAUGUUUCAGUGGUGAAAUAUCUACCUGA